UGUCUCUGCACGUAAUUUACAAUAUUUUAUAGUUUCCAAAGGGUUUUCACGUCAUUGCCUCAUUGAAAACUCCCUGACACCGUGACGUAUAGGCAGGAGUCAGUUUAACCCGUUUUUUUUUUUUUCUUAUAAAAAUUAUCUUCAGAGAGGAUAUGGACUGAAAAAAAAUGCACAACCUGGAAGUUGAGAAUUAUGUUUUAUUCAGCGCACUUGCUGAGGACUUGAGCCCGGGAGACAGCCUCUCAGAUAUCUCCGAGGGACUGUUCUGAAGAGUCAGAUGACCAAGGCAAGGAAAUGGAAUAGGACCAAGGUGCCAGGUGAAGACUUCAUCUCCAGAACAAUGAAGCUUCCUUAGUCUUCAAAAGAAAAAGACAUCCUGAGGUGUUUCUCUGACAGAUUCGAUAAAAUGCCUCUCACCUCUUCAUGGAUCAAAGUGAUUUUCAUCAUCUUGGCUGUUACUCUUUAUUCUGAAAAAGUGGUGGCAAAUUUACUAUUGCUCAUUAUGGUGAAUGCUGACUUUUUCCUGGAGCAACACAUUCCUACAACUUCUACUGUGAUCCCAUUUUGCAGUGGGUUCUACAAUUAGAGUUGCAGAGUCAGGGUCUUCCAUUCUUAGAGGACCAGGUGAACCCUGCAGAAUACAAGGUUUCCAUAGCUGGUUGCCCUGACAGUUAUCUGGGAGCUUUUUGAACAUUCUUGGUUGUGAAUUUGUACCAUAAUUUUACAAGAUGUUCUCAUUGGGGGAAAUUGAUUAAAAGGAACACAAGAACUCUCCGCAUUAGUGCUUACGGCUUGAUGAGAAUCUCCAUUCAACUCAAGAUAAAAAGUUUAAUAAAAAUCAAAUCUCCAGUUGAGUCUAAUGGGCUUCUACUGUCCUUCAAAAUACUAAGGGUGUAGGCUCGUCACCAACAGUCCAAUAAAGGAGACUCUUCAGCUGGGGGAAGUGGUUGAGAAGGAAAGGGAAUCAAAAUAGGCACAGUCCCUGGAGCUGCAGACCUCACUCUCCACUGCCUUCUCUGUUUCAGACUUGAUGUCUCUCUUCUCAUCAUGGAUCAAAGUUAUUUUCAUUAUUGGCUUGGCAUUUCCUCUUUAUUUUGUGGUUGCAGAAACUGCUUUUGUACCUUUAAGAGAGACGCGUGAAACUCCAGAAUGUAACGUGUAUGUGGAUCAGUUACAUUUUUGCACCAGAGAAAUGGACCCAAUCUGUGCAACCAAUGGCCGAACGUACUCCAAUAAAUGUGUUUUCUGCAGUGAAAAGCUAGAAAAUAGUGGAAAAUUUGAUUUUAGUCAUUGGGGUUGUUGCUGACUCUGCCUCAGCCACACAUUCCUUUGGCUUUUAUAGCAAUUCUAUUGUGAAAUGGAUUCUACAACCAAUUAGUCUUCUUCAUCAGGGCUUUAAAUUCCUAGAUGAUCAGACAAAGCCUUCAAUACUACAGAAGAUGGAAUAUAGAUCAUUGAAGAAUUUUUCCAACUCUGAGAACCUG